AUGUUAACUAAAUUAUUAAUUGAAGUAGGUUGCCAAACAACUGCUUUCAAUCCAAUACACACCGAUACACUUAAAGACGAUAAAUUAUAUUUUUUAGUUCUAGCAUAUGUUGCUGCUGCAUCCGUUAAUGGUAGCACAAAUAAUAAAACAUUGUUUUUAUUUUGUGGAUUAACUUAUAAGAAUAUUGGAGGAACAUUAUUAGUUAUUCAUAUAAUACUCAGAAUUAUUCAUGGAGUAUUCCAAAAAUGGCUGGUGGCAAUAAAGAAGCCAAAGAUAACUUAA